GCUUCCCAAAGGCGGUCGGUUGGGUGGCAGACUCUGCGUUGAUGCAUGGUCUCAUCCACGUGGUGUUCAAGCGGUUCGUGCUGGAAAAGCUGGGCGAGGAUCUGUGGACGGCCACCUUGGAACAGGCGGGCGUCGCAAGCGAUGCAAAGAUUUUCGACCCCAUCGCCCACUCCGACAGCGUGACCUUGGCUUUGAUCGCCGCAGCAUGUACUGUUAGCAAUGACGAGCUGCCCCUGUUUUUGGAAAGUUUCGGAGAGUUUUGGGUGAAGUACAUCACGGAGGAAGGCUACCUGACCUUCCUCCAAUCCUUGGGCAGAAAUAUGUUCGACUUCUUUUCCAACAUUAACAUCCUGCACCACACCGUACAGAGGGAGAGCAAGAAUGCAGUUUUUCCUCUCUUGGAGGUGAGUCACAUCUCGGGUGAUCCGGACGGGCCAGAGCACACCUUCCGGCUGUACUAUGGCAGCGGCCGAGCGGGGCUGUCCACCUUCCUGCUUGGGAUCUUGAAGCAGCUUGCGAAGCAACUCUUCCACUGCACCGUGACCGCCCAGGACGUUUCCAGCACAGGGCCCUCAGAGAUGGGCGCUGGCAUCCACGUACAGCACGUCUUUCUGGUCACGGUGGUCCGCAUUCCAGGGCGGGCGGUGUCCGCCGAGGCGGCUUCGCCGGGGAGGAGCUUUUUCGACUUCCACAACAUGCUGGUCUCCUUGUGGAAGUGCGGCUGCACAGAUUCCCAGGAGCUAGAGGAAAUCGUCAUCGUUCAUCCUCCAGGCGUGCCAACAGAAGUUCAACGAAUUGUGAAGGACAAGCAGGAAAAGAUCGAGCACAUUGUGGAUGUCUAUCAGCAAGCGGGCGCCUGCAGCCCCUCGGAGCUGGUGGAUGCUAUGACCAGCAGCGACCGCCUGCGCUUGGCGGCCGUGCUGUUUCGGGGGGUCUUCGCCCAGCACGUGGCGACGCCCUGGACGGCGCUCAACUCCCGGCCAGAGGUCACUGGCUUUUGGGACGGCCAAGCCAGCGGUGAAAUGUGCUACACCUUGUCCAAGGACUGGCUCGACUCCUCUGAGUCUAUGGCGCUUUCGCGGAACAUGAACGGGCAGAUUGUCUUCGUGUCCCACUGUUGGAGCGCGCCAACUGGCUGGGGCGACAGCAUGAACACCAGCUACCCGCAGACGAAGGCUGCGGAGGUGUGCAGCUACGCCAAGGAGUUGGCGGGCAAGCUCUUUGAAGAUCCAGACCUCUGGGGCCGCGUGGGCUUCUGGAUCGACAAGGCCUGCAUCCCGCAGACCGACCCAACCCUCAUGGCCCUCUGCGUGAAUCUGCUGGAGGAGUUUAUCGCCCUCUCGGAUGGGAUGAUUGUGCUCGCAUCCUGGAACUACUUCUCGAGGCUGUGGUGCGUCUAUGAGUGGGUGUGCGGACUCUUGAUCCAUGACGCCAUGGAGAUUGAGAUUCUGGCGGACCCCUUCGUCCGAGAUUCCACUGUGGCGACCUACAUCAAAUGCAUCCGCUUUUUUAGCAUCUCGAAGUGCACCUGCAACAGCGACAAGGACAAGCAGACACUCAUUGACAAGGUCCAGACCUACUACAAGUCGGUGGCGCACUUCGAGCGCUUCUUCCAGUUCACCGUCAUCGCCUGCUUCGUGCGGUGCCUGGCCGUACGCCGCACCGGCAAGCCCUCCGCCAGCUUGCAGCCCUGGACCGAUUUGGCCCGCGCCUGCGGCUUCAAGCACCUCGCGGAGGCCACGCAGAGCCUGGCCUCCAACAUCAACAGGUUCCAGCAGGAGGCAACCACCCGAGCGCGCAGCAACAGCACACAAGAUGUUCAAGCAGCCAUGAGCUCUCUGAUCGACGAGUGGUUUGCAGAGCAGAUGGCGCCGCUCAUCUCGCGGGAGCGGGAGGCCGCCACGAAUCAUCUUGGGGUCUCCUACAUCAAAGGCCUGCGAGCAGUGGCCGAAGAUGCCAAGCGAAGCCAGUUGAAACUGGGCAGCUGGUCCCUAGAGCUGGCCGACCUGCAUCAGGAAUUUAGACGCAGUCGCACACAGACCUUGCGAUUGAGCCGGAGCCCAGACUCGAGCACGAGCCGCAGCUUCUCCGACUCCGCGUGCUGCAUGAGGCAUUCCUGCUUGCAUUCUGAUCCCGCAAGCGGGUGAGUCACUCUGAGGGACUCUCGUAGUCUCUCUGGUCUGCGACGCCGCACUACAAGUUGGUGUGGUGUAUUUUUUUUGCGUUGAGUUGGAGCAAAGCAACUCGAUUCACCUGUGUGUUGAGAGGC